CAGCAACAGCAGCAGCAGAAGCAAGAGCUGCGGCAGCAGCAACAGCAGCAGCAGGAGCUGCACAUGUUGCAGGAUCAGCAGCAGGUGAGAGAGACCGUCGAGCGUAUUCAAACUACACAGUGGAGAAACAGCCAGCAGCGGCAUGCGCCUUCACAACUGAACGCACAGCAGCAGCAGCAGCCCGAGGAGGAGGAGACAGAGCUGCAGGAUCAUCACCCUCAGCAGCAGCAGCAGCAACAGAAUCAGCAGCAGCAGCGACAGCAGCAGACGCAGCAGCAGCGGCAGACGCAGCAGCAGCAGCAGAAGCAGCAGCAGCAGCAGCAGAAGCUGCAGCAGCACCAGAAGCAGCAGCAGCAGCAAUUACACAUCGUCUACUGGAGACCCACCCAGCACGAACAAUUGCAGCAGCAGCAGCAGCAGCAACAGCAGCAGCAACUGCAGCGG